AGUAAACCUGUUUGCUGAAAUCAAUUCUUGGUCCAUCUCAACUCUUCGACGUCUCGACUUCAACGUUAGCAUCAGCCCUGAUGGUUUCUCUGGCACCCAUUGCCCUUGGCUCCCGUUCACCACCACCUCGAUCUGAGGCAGCCUCACCUCAUCCACCUCGGCCCACAUUCGACAAUGAGCUUCUCCGAGCAUACAUUAAGAAACUCAUACAGACAACAUUACUGCAUGCUUCGUGGACGCCUGAGCGAGAUCAGGUCAAAGCAUGGAUGAAGGAAAUAGGCGAGCGCGUGAAGGAACGCAUGCUCGAGAUACAGCCCAACGGCUUCAAGUACAUGGUGCUGGUGCAAAUAAACGAGAACCGAGGACAGGGUGGCCGUGCUGACAUGGUCUCACACUGGGAGGAUGGCGAUGUUUGUGUCAACGAGCUAUUCUGGAAUGAAUCUCUGAUAUGCACCUGCAUUGCCCUUGCCAUCCGCACGGCAUGACUUCAUCCUAUCUUCAUUCCUACCGCAAUACGACACACCUUUGAUCUCGUUCGCCCCUGCGCGCAUAUACCCAGGACGCUCACCCAUAUGCACCCGGAAUCACGCAUGAUUUAAUACGCUAUUGCAGCAUAGUGCUAUAAAUCUUACUAUAUUGGAUCUUUAUCUCACCACGUUCAUCUAUAGAAGACGGUUCUACCCUUGAACGACCUUUGAAGGUGUUUGGGUUACCCCGGUCUUGGGGCUACCAACGUUUCCGAAUGACCCUCAGAACGUGUGGUCUACCACUAAGCCACGAAUCCGCGGGGCCUCCACGCUGUCUGCCACGAGCAUUGGAUGGAUCAGGUCGUGCUCUCAAGGUUAACGAUCAAUUCACGGGUGUCGUGUCCAUUAACUCGCGUUCCUCGGAGUCGUCUUCGUCCCAUGGAGCUUGAAGUGGCCCUUUCUCACCCGGCUACUGUACCCUCGUGGGUACUGACGGCCUCUCACGAGAGAUUUGGCUUGCCAGUUGUCGCAACUGCGAUUGAAAGGUGUUUCAUUUCCUGCAUCUUGUCUCCUGGAUUAUGAUCUGGACACUGCAAAAAUCCC